AGCUUUUCGGGCGGGGGCGGAGCCUCCUGCCGAGGGCCGUUCGGGAGAAGGCGGGGCCUAGCUCGCAUCAGGACCAGUCUGGCUGCACCUGCAUCCUUCGCUCAGAGCAUCCCCGGAGCAUCUGAGGAGGCGGCCGCAGCUGGCAACCGGGGGCCCGACCGUCGCAGGAGGCGUCCGCCAGACACCUUCCCCCUCCCCUGAGCUAGCGCUCUACAGCGGCGGCCUCGGUGCUGGCCGGGCGCCCCCGGACUUGCCCGACCCCUGAGAAAGCAUUUGCAGCAAGAGCCUCUGGCGACGACAUGGCUGAGAUCACCAACAUCCGACCGAGCUUCGAUGUGUCCCCAGUGGUGGCUGGCCUCGUCGGGGCGUCCGUGCUGGUGGUGUGCGUCUCGGUGACCGUCUUUGUGUGGACAUGCUGCCACCAGCGGGCGGAGAAGAAGCACAAGACUCCCCCGUAUAAGUUCAUCCACAUGCUCAAAGGCAUCAGCAUCUACCCAGAGACGCUCAGCAACAAGAAGAAAAUCAUCAAAGUGCGGAGAGACGAAGACGGCCCUGGGCGGGGAGGCGGGCGCGGGAGUGUGCUGGUGGACGCCGCCGAGGCCGGCCUGCUGGGCCCUGACCGGGGUCCCAAGGGCCCGGGCUCCGGUUCUUGUAUGGACCAGUUACCCAUCAAGGUGGACUAUGGGGAAGGACUGAGGAGCCCCAUUGCGAGCCUGACCCCCGGGGAGAGCAAAACCACGUCUCCGUCAUCUCCAGAGGAGGACGUCAUGCUGGGGACCCUCACCUUCUCCGUGGACUAUAACUUUCCGAAAAAAGCCCUGGUGGUGACGAUCCAGGAGGCCCACGGGCUGCCAGUGAUGGACGAGCAGACCCAGGGCUCUGACCCUUACAUCAAAAUGACCAUCCUCCCUGACAAGCGGCAUCGGGUGAAGACCAGAGUGCUGCGGAAGACGCUGGACCCCGUGUUCGACGAGACCUUCACCUUCUACGGCAUCCCGUACAGCCAGCUGCAGGACCUGGUGCUACACUUCCUCGUGCUCAGCUUCGACCGCUUCUCCCGGGACGACGUCAUCGGGGAAGUCAUGGUGCCGCUGGCUGGCGUGGACCCCAGCACGGGCAAGGCACAGCUGACCAGGGACAUCACCAAAAGGAACAUCCAGAAGUGCAUUAGCAGAGGGGAGCUCCAGGUGUCCCUGUCCUACCAGCCCGUGGCACAGAGACUGACCGUGGUGGUCCUCAAAGCCCGACACCUGCCGAAAAUGGACAUCACCGGCCUCUCAGAUCCUUAUGUCAAGGUGAACGUCUACUACGGCAGAAAGCGCAUCGCCAAGAAGAAAACCCACGUGAAGAAGUGCACUUUGAACCCCGUCUUCAACGAGUCCUUCGUCUACGACAUCCCCCCCGACCUGCUGCCCGACGUCAGCAUCGAGUUCCUGGUCAUCGACUUCGACCGCACCACCAAGAACGAGGCGGUGGGAAGGCUGAUCCUGGGGGCCCACAGCGUCACCAGCAGCGGCGCCGAGCACUGGAGGGAGGUGUGCGAGAAACCCCGCAAGCCGGUGGCCAAGUGGCACAGUCUGAGCGAGUACUAGUCGCGUCGUCCUCGCCCGGGCCCGGGCCAGGCAGGCCGACGGGGACGGAGAUGCCACACAGGAGCAGACUCAGAACCUCGGUUUAGUUGUAGAAGAUUUCUUACACAACACACCCCACAAAGAACACCCCACAUGACCACAGCUGCAGAUCAGUUCUUAGCGAUGAUGAUUUUUCUCCUUUGCAAGGCACUAGAAAUCCUUUUUUUUUUUUUUUUUUUAAUGGGGAGAAAGAGAGGGAAAGGCCUCACAAGUCUAUAUAUAACAAUGUAACCUUAUACUUGCAUGUCUAAUACAAACUGAAGAAAUUAGCCUAACUGCCAAUAUCAAGUUACAGAUUUUGAUCCAUGAAAAUUGUGUUUUGUGCCGAAUUGUAUUUGCUGAUUCCCUGAAAUUGGCCUCUUUUAUUGGGCUUCCCUGGAGAGUGACUCCCGCCCCCAGCUCUGCAGAAGGAUGUUGUUUUGCUCACGUAAAAUCUUGUAGCGUCGCCAUCCCCGUCGGAUGCCCCCCGCCCCCUGCCCCAGCUCUGCUCUUUGAGCUCAGGGUCCAGAGGUCUGUUGUGCGCCAGGAAACGGAGGUGGACCGGAGGAGGCCGGGUGUGCAGGGGGGAUCUGGGGCACGGGCUUCGCGCUGCCCCGCUCCUGCUGGAGGGCUCAGGGGCAGCCCAGGGUAACUGGUGCUGGAGCCCGUGCGAUGGCAGGCUUGGAGGUAGAGCCCACGUCUCCGAAACAGGACGUUUGUCUGGAGGGAGCUUCGGAGCCUUCCGGUCGGGCCAGGGUGGCUCCGGAGGCCGGGGAUGGCCGACCCCAGGUGCUGUGUGUGGGUGCGGGCAAGACGGCGUGUCGGCCCCCGCCUGACAGCAACAUGGCCAAGGGACAGCCUUUUGCUGGCGUGAAGGGUGAACUGGCCUUUAUUGUUCCAGAAGUGCUGACCCAGGAGACGCUUUAGAGUUUUGUCAGGGAGCGGAGAUUAGAUCGGUUCGGCUUCCUCGGGGAAAGGGCUUCAGAAAUUGCCGCUCCUGCGGAAGUUGUCACCUGUGGCUCUUCAGACUAGAGAAGGGAGUAGGCGCGGCCAAGGUGACCCGGCUUCGUCUCUCCCGGCCUGUCCCUCGGAGCAGGUGCUUAACGGAGCCCUGGGUCCUACCCAGCGUCGAGACCAGGGGAAGGGCUGGGGGAAGCACGCGGCUCUAUCCCCGCCCGCCGGUGGCGAGGGCGCUGGGGUCUCCGCACCCCUGGUUGGCCCCCACUCUCCCGUCGAGACCCAUCGGAGGGCAGAGCCCAGGGGCCGGGGGACAGUCCGCCAGCGUGUCCAGGCAGCAGAUCCCGCGGGCGGCCUGCACAGCAGCCACUGGAGCCGAGGCCUGGCCAAGCUGGUCCACACCCGGGCAAGAGCACCCCUUCCGACCUGCUUCCGAGGAGGCCGGGUGUCUGCGGACAGAGCGAUGGGGCCUGUGACAUUCUCUUAGCGCUUGUGCAUUUAAGACCAGUCUGCUCCCUCCGUCCUUCUGUUGUUCUCUUUUUAAAACCUGGUUGCGAGCGGGGCUGAGCAGCUGGGGGCGGGCACAGAGACCCCUCUGGGCUGGUCUCCGCUCCCUGCUCCCUCCGCACACCCUUCAUCUGACGCGCGACCCCAUCCGUGUCCACCCCACCGGUCUCUAACCUAUUCUCCAUCGAAUGUAAAUACUGUAUCAUACGUAGAAGAAAAUAAUUUUUGUUUUCUAAAAAUGCAUUUUGAGAUAGUUGAGUAUAAAUCUGACAGGAGCCCUCUGAAGCCCCCUUAGGAAAAAAUCUUAAAUGCUUCCUCUUCAUCGCCUUAAUGUCUGAAGAUCAGAAAGCGCUGAGCAACCCGCUUUUGUUUCCUUCCCAGAAACACUGCAGAGCAAACAGGUGGAGAUAGUCUGGUCUUUGCCCUGCUGCGUGUGCCAGGGCAGCUCCUCCCGCCGGACGUCUGGGAAGGCCGCCUCCCCCGACCCUCCCCCCCACCCCCAUCCCCCACCCCCCACCCCCUGGGCUGUGGAGCGGCGGAGGCCAGGUGACAGGGUGGGAACGGGCAGACAGCACAGGGCUCCUCCCUCCUACCUCACGCCUGAUCCAUCACGCCCUCGGCUUUGCUGUCCCAAAGUCUCUCAGCUGCCUUUGGCUUUCACACGGCCCGGCCCAGAGCUGGCUGAUCCGGCCCAGAAGCCAGGCCGCCUCGCAAGAGUCAGUUGAAAGACAAGAGAGUCGCACGCGAGCUUUUGCACAAGGCACUCGUGGUCAGGAACGGGUUAGGGAACGGUCACUUCAGAUUUCCCAAGAGCCGGACCUUCUCUGCUGGUAUCUUGGCUCCUUUGGAAAGACAAGAGUUUCUCUUAAUAGCAAAAGUCCCUUUAUGAGUUACUCCUUUCAGUACUUCCAGUGGAGCACAGCCACGAUGUCCGCGUCCAGGAACGGGCUCGAGCACGGGAGCAGAUAGAACCGGCUCGUGGGACAGGAGUGGCUUGCUCGGGACGGGGACAGACAGGGCUCUUCUUGUGGCCGCGAUAGUGACAGUGCCCUCACCAGGAUCCUUCUCCCACGUGGUCGUCUUUCUUUACCUUGUGUCUUCUCUUGUAAAAAAAAAAAAAAA